CACUGCACGAAUUCCUCAGCGCUGCUCAAAUUUCCUGAAAUCUCAGACCUCUUUCGCUUUUCUGCAGGCUACAGACAAACACAUAUUCAGCGCCCACCUCGCAACAGACGCCCGAACUGAGCCUUAAAAAAUGAUGUUGCGAACUCUCCCCUUCCUCGUACUGUUGGUUUUAGCCCUCUGUCAAGCAGAGGAGGUGCAGAGUAAGAGUAAGGUGUGUGCCAAUGUGUUCUGUGGCGCAGGAAGAGAGUGUGCCGUUACAGAGAAGGGAGAGCCCAGCUGCCUGUGUAUAGAGAGCUGCAAGCCCCACAAGCGCUCCGUGUGUGGUAGUAAUGGUAAGACGUACCGCAACCACUGUGAGCUUCACCGGGACGCCUGUCUCACCGGCCUCAAGAUCCAGGUGGCCCACGAUGGACACUGCCAAGCCAAGAAAGCAGAACAAGUAGCUGCCAGCCCAGUUGUGUGUUAUGUAGCAGAUCGUAAUGAGCUGAGGCAUCGUGUGAUACAGUGGUUGCAGAACGAGGUGGUCCCAGAUGGCUGGUUUGUCAAGGGCUCCAACUUUACCGACAUCCUCCUCAAAUACUUUAAGAACUAUGACAAUGGUGAUUCCCAGCUGGACUCCUCCGAGCUCCUGAAGUUCAUCCAACACAAUGACUCCAACGUGGACUUGCAGUCAUACGCAGACCAGGAGAGCAACAAGCUGCUUAGAAGCCUGUGUGUGGAUGCCCUGAUCGAGCUGUCUGAUGAGAAUGCAGACUGGAAGCUGAGUUUUGAUGAAUUCCUCAACUGCCUAAAGCCCGGCUUCAACCCACCAGAGAAGAAGUGUGCCCUUGAGGAUGAGACAUAUGACGAUGGCUCCGAGACGCAGGUGGAGUGCAACCGUUGUGUGUGUGCCUGCGGAAACUGGGUCUGCACUGCAAUGACCUGUACCGACAAGACAGCGCUUGUGGAGGAGACCGGGGAGGCCGGUCAGGAGAUGACUGAGGAGGAGUGGGGCCUUCGUGUGGCCGAGCUCAACAAGCACCAGGAAACGGUGGAGAAGAUGAAAGUCAGCACAAAGGAGGAAUAAGAGGACUAAAGAAAGAGGCCUUUAAGGAAAAAGAGUGACCUCCCUCUUCCUCCAUACUUGAUGUACUUUAAGGCCCUGUGCUUUUGCUGAAUUCACUCGUUAAUUAUUAUACUGUCUUUAGUCUGUCUUUUUAUGGAUGUAUGUUAGAUGCAGGGGCAGUCAAGUGUAUUAUUGAGAGCUCUUUGUGUUUAAGUAAGUGCCGUCUUUGUUUUUGAAUUGUUGCAUCCCUGAACUAGAAAUGGGGACAUUUUGUAUUGUUAUAUAUAUUUUUUUUUUCUAUAAAAUUUAGAGAGUAUUUGUUGGUAUGGAAUUUGUUGGUAAAAUAGCAAGCAGCAUGUGGUUUAAAGUAUGGAUUUUCUGUGUGACCUGGACACCAUCAAAGAAACAAAAUCAGAUGUAUACACUGCAAAAAAAAUUGCCAAUGUAACAAGACAAUUUAACUAUAUUUGCUUGAAAUAAGUGAAAUUAUCCGCCAUUGGAACUAGAAAGACAAUAUGAUAUUCAAGGCAUAUAUAUUUUCUAAAAGCAAGCGGUAAAAUCUAGAUUGUUAAGAAAAAUAUAUCAAAUUUUAAGGAUGGUAGGGUUUUUAACCUGAAAAUAAGAUAAAUAUACUUGAUAAGCCAUAUCUUUUUUUGCAGUGUAGCCCUUCAAGACUGGUUAGAUAAGUGUUUAUCAAAACUCUGCUAGUGUCAUUUUGUAGGGGAAUGGAAUAAGAUGUCAUGCACUUGACUUUACGCUUCCGUGCUAACAGAACUGCCACAAUACUACUUGACCAAUGCACUUCUCCCUCUUUGACUAGCAGCAUAGCUUCAGGCCUUAGUGGACUGUCCCAUUUAGUUAGCAUGCUCUGCUUUUGACAAAUCUGUUGGCUUCUAUAUUCAGUUUUAUUAUAUGCUUGAGUUUGAAAUCAUUCAGCUCAUCUGCUGAAUUCAAUCAGCUCUCUUGGGUGCUUGUUUCAGAAACAAAGUGAUUGUCAUCUAAAUUUAAAGUCUCACAUAGAAUGUAGAAUAUAGACUAGGAUAAACAAGCCCAAAGCGCGGAGUUGUUCUGAGUACAGCAGGGAGAGAACUGAAACCAAAGCCUGAUGAUGACUAUAAUGUUGAAAUGUUGUACGAACCCCUCCAGGUAAAGCAUUACUCUGGACCCAGCAACAACACUAUACCUGUACGUGUUAAAGAUCAGUCAAAAGGAUUAGCCUCACUGUCCGCUAAUGUAGUUUAGAUGUAUCUCUAAGUCAGAGAACAUGCGUAUGUGAGAUUGUGUGUGUGUGUGUGUGUGUGUGUUUGUUUUUGGGAUGUAGGAGCUUUGUUGUUGAGAGUGAGCAGUAGUAUAUAGUGGUGAUUAUCCUAUUUGUUUUGUUAUUUUUUUAUUUGUCAAAAUCCCACUUUUGUUGAGGAUUAUUUUCGCUAUAUCAGUGCCUUAAAACUCAUGAACUAGCCUGCAGACAUGGAUUAUAGGAGUCUAUAAUCUUUUGUCCGGCAGCCUUUGAACCACGGCUGGUUAGAGUGUUCUGUAUACAUGACUCUGGGCCAAACUAUAUUUGGGAGAGUUUUGGUAACUUCAGCUGUGUGGUUUAGUCCUUUUUAAUAAACGUUUGUGCGGAAGUUGCAUAUCUAGUUACAAACUAGGCCUUUUUUAUUCGAAAGGGAAUGCAAAAUCUAUAAGGAGUAUGUAUGCCAAUAAAUGAAAACCCAUGCAGUGCUAA